AGAAUAGUUUACCGCGGCAGGGCUGCACCUGAGCGCACAUCUGCCACUAAACUUGCUGCUUCCCGACACCACAGCCACGCAAGCUCUAGGUUGCUUCAGCGAGUGGUGAUACUUAUACUGUCAGUGACACGCUUGCAUCUGUGCGGCUUUAAUCUCCCAAGCGGUUACCUCUUAGCGCCUGACCACCGCUCAAUUCUGCGGAAUCGGGGACUUGUAGGGACCUUCUGACUGGCCCACUUGCAGCCCAUUCUCGCUCAUCAUGCGCAUGAUGCAGCAGCGCAGCAGCGGCGGCGUCCGGGCCUCGCGCCGGUCCGUCCUUGUGGCCGCGCGCGCUGGCAGGCAGCAGCCCGCCUCGCAGCCCCCCGCCAAGGGCUCCACGGUGCGCAAGCCGCCCGCACAGCCCGCGCAGCCCGCCAAGGCCGCCACCACCGCCCGCCGCGGCCGCGAGGCCGCCACCACCUCCAGCGGCGGUAGUGCCAAGCUGACGGCCGCGGAGCGGCGGCAGCAGGCGGCCGCGCAGCAGCAGUCGCAGUCCGGCACGCGUGCCGCCUCCACCACCGCCGCCCGCCGCCAGGCCGCUCGCCAGGCUGCCAAGGCGGCUGAGGAGGGCGGCGCCUCCAGCCGCCGGCCCACGGGUCAGGACUACUUCAACUUCACUGGGUUUCCCUUCCCGCUGGGGCCCUUCUUCACGCGCAACACCGUGCGGCGCGAGAUCGAGCGCGACACCAUGUGGGUGUUUGAGCAGACCCAGGCGCUGGACUUCUUCUCCGUGUACACGCCGGUCCGCAUGACGGUCAUCAAGCUGGCCAGCGGCGGGCUGUGGGUGCACGCCCCAGUGGCGCCCACCGCCGAGUGCGUACGCCUGCUCAAGGAGCUGGACGCCCCGGUGGAGUACAUUGUGCUGCCCACGUUCGCGUACGAGCACAAGAUCUUUGUGGGGCCCUUCUCGCGCCGCUUCCCCAAGGCCAAGGUGUAUGUGGCACCGUACCAGUGGUCUUUCCCGCUCAACCUGCCGCCGCAGUUCUUCGGCAUCUUCCCCACCGGCGAGCUGGUCAGCGACGACCCCGCGGCGCCCUGGGCGGAGGAGAUCGGGCAGAAGGUGUUCCUGCCGCCCUCCAUCGGCGUGAACGAGACCGUGAGGUUCACGGAGGUGGCCUUCUUCCACAAGAAGACACGCACGCUACUGGUGACGGACGCGGUGGUGUAUGUGCCCGAGGACCCGCCCGAGGUCAUCCCUGUGCCUGCGCUGCUGGACCUGGCGCGGGACAACUACCUGGCGCAGUUCGUGGCGGGCGGCCGCAGCCGGGCGGAGGUGGCGGCCAUUGCGCGGCCCGAGCCGGUGGAGGACAGCCGGGAGGCGCGGCGCAAGGGCUGGGCCCGCAUGGCUCUGCUGGUGCUGUACUUUGGCCCGGGCGACCUGCUCACGCCCGAGGCCAGCUUCGCCGCCAUCAGUGGGCGGCUGUUUGUGGGGCCGGUGGUGGAGACACUGGUGUACAGCAAGAUCCCCAAGAGCGUUGUGGAGUGGGUUGAGGACAUCUGCGGCGACUGGGACUUCCGCCAGGUGGUGCCCUGCCACUUCGAGGCGCCGGUCAAGGCCGGGCCCGCCGAGUUCCGCCGCGCAUUCGCGUUCGCAUACGAGCAGGCGGAGCGCGAGGGCCUGCUCGCGCCCCGCCCCGAGCCCGAGCCGCCCAAGCCGCUGCCGCUGCCGCUGCCCGGCUUCCUGAGCGGCCUGCUGGGCAAGCUGGUGGCCGCCCCCGCGCCGGCCGGCCCCGGCGGCGUGGGCCCCCGGCCGGUGGUGUUCCCGGAGACCGACAUGAAGACCCUCAACAGCCUGAACAACUCGCUGCUGUUUGUGGGCGCCGUGAAGCGGAACGCCGACCUGGAUGCGGCAAAGAAGGCGGCGGAGGCGGAGGCGGCAGCGGAGGCCGCGGCGGCGGAGGCUGACGGCGAGGCAGCCAAGGCGCGGUCGAUGGCGGAGGCGGCGGAGAUGGAGGCGACGCCGGCGGCGCGACAGCCCGUGGGCGCGGCGGAGCGGCGGUGAGAUUCUGCCGAGUGGACACGUGGGGUGGGGGCUAUGCGCUCGAUGGUUUAAGGUGGGUUUACUUGUGUUGUCUGUAUUGCAGGCGUGUGCUGAGAUGUGGGUGAUGGGGGAUGGUGCUUUAGGCUUUAGCCGUGAGAGCGAGUGAGAGCGCAGCGCAGGGGCAGCAGUGUACUAAUGGGUGCCGAACCAGCGUCUUGCAACGAUCCGGAAGGACGCUGCAUACCCACACCGCAUUGCACCGUGCUACACGUUUGGUAUGAUUGAUGCUGUGCAUGAGUGGUGGUGUGCAUGCGUCCCUUGUGAUAUUUUAUUGUUCUUUUUAAAAAAAAUGUGUUAAUGCCUAUUGCAUGUAAAUAGGUGGCAGGGAAAAUUCGGGCGGAGCGAGAAGUGCCUUCGCACGUCCAUGGACAAUUGACUUUGGCGAGGUUGCCCGAAAAGCAAGCCAUGGCUUUGCGCAGUAUGAGCGGGGCCGCCGCCGCGCAAGCCUGGACCGCCCUCGUUGACUACGUCAACGCCCAGCGUGCGUCGAAAAGGGCCGCAGAGCUGUUGCUGCGGGAGGUCAAGGGGGCGCAGGCCACGUACAAGAAGGCCAGCACGCGGCACAUGGAAUGGGCCGCGGAGAUUCUCGCAGGCCUUGAGGCACGCCGCGAUCAGCUGGGGGCGCAGGUGCAGCAACUGACGCAUGCGCAGCCGUUGACGCGAGAG